ACGCCUGACAGUCACUCGUUCCACCACUUGCUGAGUUUACUUGUCUUCUGUGUCUUCUCCUGUGCGAAGAUGAAGACCAUCAAAUUAUUUUACCUACUGUUGACAUGCGUCGGAGCCUCUGCCAUGAGUACUAGACUUGCUUAUUUCGAAGCUCUCCGGAAAAACUGCACCACUAUGGAAUGCAUGCGGCGGGUGGGCGUGUGUCACAGUUUCGUGUUCAAAAAUCUCGCGUUCAGUGCGAAGUACCAUCCUCUCGCGGCCAAAUGUUCAGCGACCUACACUGACCCUGCGCUGGUUGACUUCUGCGCUCAUGUUGCUGUCGGUGAUUACAAAGCCAACGGCACGAUGCGAACGGAAGUGCUAAAGAGUCAUGUCGAGAAGUACUUCUGCAAUGAAUACAAUCUUUUGGGAGAUAUCUUGGCUCGUUUCCAAGUUUGUGAUUCCGGUCUGCAGGCUGAAAUGUACCUGGACUGUAUUUUGGAAGGCUGCGUGUCCACAUGAAAAUCCAGCUGCAGGAAGACACUCCAAUGCAUCAUAAAUACUGAAUUUUGUGAAGUGCGAAUUAAACACACAGUUUAUAUAUAAAAAUAUG